AUGGAAGGCGGCCGCGCCGCCUCGGGCAAGCCGCGCAAACGCGUCACGUUCAAGCUAGUCUCGGCGUCCUCCGCCGACCCACGCGUGGCUUCCAACCCCUGGCAGCGCACGCUGGUCUUGAAGAACUCAUCCAAUGCCGCUCUCAAGGUGCGUUCUGCCGGAGCUGCCGCGAACGAUGUUCAGAAGGGCGACAAGACCGCCAUACCGAAGGAGUUUCUGUCGUUCAUCAACCCCGCGGACUUCGGCAUCCACGAGAACCUGACCGGUCCCCAGAAGGACGCCCUCAUCGCAGAGGUUUACGGCUCGCACGAGGAGUACGAGCGCAUCGCAGCCAAGUUCGCGGACGCGCCGGCGCCCGCAAAGCCCAAGGCCGAGGAUCUGGACGACGACUGCUACUUCCCCAAGGAUGGCUACGACUACAGCCAGCACCUGGCGACCAUCAACCCGCAGAACUUCAUACCGGCCCCUCGUGUGGAGGCCGCCGCCUCGAUCGUGAAGGCGGAACUAAACAGCAGCGUCGACUUCCCGGGGCUCAACGACACUGCGCCGGAAACGCCAGACGACCCUGAACUGGCGGAGGUGCUGAAGGCGCUCGACGAGUCCGGCAGUGAAGCGGAGGACAUGGAUGACGAUUUCGUCGCUAAAGCCAUGGACAACGAGGACCCCGACACGUUCAUCGACGAGAACGAGCUGCUCUGGGGCGGAUACAAGCCGCUGCGCAGGGUGACCUUCGAGGAUCUCGGUAUCCCCAAAGGCGACAGCGCACCUGCCCCCGUGUUCGGCGACCAGCCGAUUCUGUCCGACGAGGAGUUUGUCAUCUCUGACGAGGACGACGACGAGGACUCUGACUUCGACGCCGAGUACGACCCCACGGAGUCACUCGCGCAAAGUGCCCAGGCGCAGCUGGAUGCCUUGCGCGCAGCCAAUAUGCGCACUUCGAUGCUGGAUAUGGUGAACUGCGGCCCGUGGGGCGCCAGGGCGGAGGAGAAGGAGACCAUGGACGCCAUGGAUCCGGACGGCGCACUGAGCGAGCGCAUCCUGCAGCUGGUGCAGCAGCCGGACGACAGCGAAAGCGGCGAUACCGUGGAGUUCGAGCUCUCCUCGGACGAAUCGGAACAGUGGGAUGUCGAAACCGUGCUGACCAAAUACACCAACGCCACGAACCACCCUCAGCGCAUACUCAGCAGCGUAGUCAGGCGCGCACGCACUCGCGAGCGGCCUGAAGGCGCCGAGGAACCCAGCGCAAAGGCGGUGCCGGACGUCGAGUACAUCGAGCUGCCGCAGGUGGUCACCACCCGGCGCCGCGACGAGACUGCGGAGGAAAAGCGCGCCCGCAAGGCCGCCGUCAAGCAGGCCAAGGCGAUGAUCACGCGCAUGAAGAAGGAGAACAAGGAGGCGCUCAAGAGCGCCAAGAAGAAGGCGGCGGAGAAGUCGGCCGUCGGCUCCUACGACAUCGUGAACGGCGUGAAGUACCUCCGGCUGAAGUGA